GCCCUUGCCGCGUUGUCAUGGCGGAGCCUAGCGCCGCUUGAUAAACAUAGCUGCCGUUGUCCAGCCGCACUGAGCAGCAAAACACGGCUGCCACGAGCGAUAGCUGUCAACCCCUCCUCUCCUCCUCUUCCUCCUUCUCUUCCUCUAACCACCAUGCUGUUCCAACGGCCGGAUGAGAAGACUGAUUCCAGCCUGAAGCCCUCCAGCUUCCUGUCUUUGCGCUCGCCUCCCUCGCCUUACUCUGACCAUGACUGGCUCAUUGGUCUCCGCGGCCUGCUGGCCAUUGAGACCUUCGUCUGGGUCUUUCUCAUCACCUUUGUGCCGGCGACGGUCAAGGACGCAGAGACGCAGGACGGGCCUCUUUACCAGGUCGUCUUGCGCAAGACUCUCUCCGUCCUCUUCUGGAACCAGUCUCUCAUCUAUUCGUGGAUCAUCCUGCUCUCUGCACGCACCAUCUGCCUGCCAUUCCUGAGAAAUCCGAGUCGCACCGUUGUCGCGAGCAGUGCCUUCCGCCGCGGCAUCCGGCUUUGGAUCCCGACGGCCGUCGGAUUCGCUUUGCCAGUCAUCAUCCUCGGCCAAAUUGGACACGGCUACCUCGACGAAUUCAAAUCGCGCACUGGCAAUGAUUCCAUUGCCACGCCCGACCGGAUUCCAAAUUUCCUCGUUUGGUUUAAUUCGCAAUUCGAGCUCUUCUGGGCGACUAGGGAUUAUGCGAAGCAGAUGGGAAGCACAGCGUUCCCUACACAGACUCUAUGGAGCGUCAACCUCAUCUUCCAGCAGAGCUACACGGUCUAUAUGACCAUGGUCUGCAUUCCGUACACACGCAACUCCUGGCGCGUCAAAGCUUUCAUCGCCAUGAUCCUCACGGCUUGGUGGGUCCAGUCCUGGGCAUGGUACUCAGUGACCGGCCUUCUGCUCGCUGACGUGGUCGACAAUAUGGAUUUUCGGACGAAGGCCAAACAGGGCGUUUUCGUCCCGCUUCCAGGCCGUCGGCAACUGCGCAUACCAUCGUGGCUCUUCUACGCCGCCAUCUUGCUUGCUGGUCUCAUAAUGGAGUAUAUCUGGGUUGCGUGGCGCCCGCAGUUUGCAGGUGCGGAGCUCAAGGCCCACACAGGGUUGUACAAUGCCGGAUCCCUGAAUGCCGAGCUAGACCUCACUCAGCCGCAAGCCCGAGAUGACAACUAUCUCCUCAUCCUGGGCUUCAUGCUCGUGAUAGAGACCUCGGAAAUGCUGCAGUGGGUCUUCUCGAACCGAUUCCUUAUGUAUUUGGGCCGUCGGUCUUUCAGCUACUAUCUCGUGACCCCGACGAUCGUAUACACGGCGGGCAUCAAAGUCUUCAUGCACCUGCGCUUUGCCCAAAACUGGCCCUUCCCAGCGAGCACAAUCCUCACGUUGUUUGUGUGCUUGGUGACGACAGUCCCUUCGGCGGAAGUCCUUUACCGCCUGGUCGACCGACCAUCGCAGGCCCUUGCGUACGCCGCGUGGGACUUUAUCAUCGCAUAGUGCUGCGUGGCCGGCGGAGAGAGCCAAGCCGGACCGGAAGGUGGUUCGGGCGAAUGGGGAAGUGUCCAUUCUGGAGACUGUCGAAUGCCUAUGCGCGGGUUGUCAGUUGGGAUUGCGGAUGCAGAUCUUCUGCUAGCUAAUGGGAAGCCAAGCUUGAGUGUUAUCGCGCGCGAGUCGGCUGGACGGGGUCAGUGGUGUAAGCAUAGACAGCGACUAUGAUUAUCUUGUUUUGUUGUGUUUUUGCUUGUACUCGGAUAGACGUCUAAUGGGAUAUUGUGACACCAUACCAUGGAU